CUCGGCUCCCGGCUGCAGCGGGGAAGCAGGCGUGGGCCGGCGGCACCUGCCUGCAGCGCCAGAUUAGAAGAGGCGUCAUGUCAGAAGAAACAGUAAGCGAAUCACAGUUUUCCUUGAAGACGGUAGCACGAAGAGUGUUUGAUCGUCCUCUGUCUUGGUACUCUUCUCUCUCCCAGAUCAGGUUUUCACCGGUAGCUAAAAAGUUGUUUGUGGUAACUGCAGUGACUGCCGUAUCUGUAAUUUUUCUGGCUCAUCACUUUAAAAGAAGACGUGGGAAGAAGAAAGAAAAAAUAUUGCCAUGGGAACCAGAGCACCUCAUACUUGAAUACACAAAAAGAGCAGCAUCAGACAAAGGUUCAAGUUGUUCCAGUAGUAGACAGAAUUUGACAUUGUCUUUAAGUUCUGUCAAAGACAAAGGAUCUCAGUCUUGUAACUAUGCCAAUGGAGGACUUUUCAGUAAAUACUCAGGUUCUGCACAGAGUUUGGCCUCUGUCCAGAGUGUCAAUUCUUGUCAUAGCUGUGCUUGUGGCAAUUCUAAUUCCUGGGACAAAGCAGAUGAAGAUGAUAUUAAACUUGUUAAUAUUCCUGUGACUACUCCUGAGAACUUAUACUUGAUGGGUAUGGAAUUGUUUGAAGAGGCACUGCGUCGAUGGGAACAAGCUCUAACCUUCCGAAAUAGACAGGCUGAAGAUGAAGCCUGUGGUUCCAUUAAACUGGGUGCAGGAGAUGCCAUUGCUGAAGAAAGUGUAGAUGAUAUUAUUAGUACUGAAUUUAUCCAUAAACUUGAAGCUCUGCUGCAAAGAGCCUAUCGUCUCCAAGAGGAGUUUGAAGCCACCCUGGGGGCAUCCGAUCCUAAUUCUCUUGCAAAUGAUGUUGAUAAAGAUACGGAUAUAACUAUGAGGGGGAAUGUGGAUGACUUUGGCCUGCGAGACACCUUGAGCAUCGCAUCAACCGAUUCCUUUGCUUCUGCAGCAGAGCUUGCAGAACACAGAGAAGUCCGGCAUUCUUACAGUCUGGAGUCCCUUUGCCACUGUCCUUUUUACGAAGAAGCUAUGCAUUUAGUUGAAGAAGGAAAAAUUUACUCAAGAGUGCUUAGAACUGAAAUGCUGGAGUGCCUAGGAGACAGUGAUUUUCUUGCCAAACUUCAUUGUAUACGACAGGCUUUUCAGGUCAUUCUUUCAGAAACAGCCAACAGGAUAUUCCUUGCUGAGAGUGGAAGGAAAAUUUUAUCGGCCUUAAUUGCGAAAGCACGAAAGAAUCCUAAGAAGUUUGAAGAUGUUUUUGAUGAAAUGAUCUAUUUUCUAGAACAGACUGAUCACUGGGAUAGCACUGAAAUGGAACUUGCUGCUAAAGGAGUGAAAAAUCUAAAUUUUUAUGAUGUUGUUCUGGAUUUUAUAUUAAUGGAUUCCUUUGAAGAUUUAGAAAACCCACCCACAUCCAUACAGAAUAUAGUAAAUAAUCGCUGGCUAAACUCAUCCUUCAAAGAAACUGCUGUGGCUUCAAGUUGUUGGUCAGUGCUGAAACAGAAAAGGCAACAGAUGAAGAUCCCAGAUGGAUUUUUUGCCCAUUUUUAUGCCAUUUGUGAGCAUAUCAGCCCAGUCUUAGCCUGGGGCUUUUUGGGUCCUAGAAAUUCUCUCUAUGAUUUAUGUUGCUUCUUUAAGAAUCAGGUUCUUUUCUUUCUCAAAGACAUUUUUGACUUCGAGAAAGUGCGCUAUUCCAGUAUAGAGACUUUGGCCGAAGACCUCAUGCAGUUACUUGUUCGCCGCACUGAACUUCUCAUGGCCUAUCUGGGAGCUGAUGCGCUGAGGCAUACAAGUAGUUGUAUAAGUGGUCAUGGCCACGUUAUGUCCAGUGGCCUGGUGGAAGCCAAAGCGCAAUAAGUAUCAUAACAAUCAGACAAUUUGAGUGUGCAAUGAAAUUUUUAAAGAUAACUGUUGAUUCUGUAAGAUAUAUUGCACAGAAUUAGUGGAUAUGGGCUCAGGGAAGGAAAAAAAUCUAGUGAAGAAUGCGUGGCCGUACUGUACUCACACAGAAGUUCUGUCAUUGAAUCCCUGUGUAGUGUAUCCAAAGCAGCUGUUCACAGUUGAGGUAAUAAUUUAAGUCAUGAAAUGUUGCAUAUUUUGCUUGACUUGAAGCCAGUACUUGGGAGUUAAUUGAUUUGUCAUCUUGAAGCUGUCUGAAAUGUCUAGUAUUAUUUUUUAAAGCUCUGUUUUUAUGCUUUGCACCUUGAAAUUAUACACUUUAGCUAAGACCUGUGUGGCCUACACAUACAAUGUAUUACUCCUAGUGUCCACAAAUUUAACUUUGCCUGAAAAUGUAUUUUUAAUUGUAAAGUUAUUAAUUUGUUUAAUCAAGUUUAGACAGUAGUGGUGUUUAAUAUGUACUGCUUACAUUAUUGCUUGUGCGUUUGCUUAUGUAUUUGAAUCAAACAAAUUGUAAUGGCUGAGUAUCAUUAUAAAACAUUUAAAUG